GAAGAAGAAGAAGAAAACGACGUCACUUCCUAUAGCGUGACUUGACUGUUUUCGGGCCGUCAAUCCAGCAGAUCGAGCAACCAGUUUGGACUGUACGUAAUACGUUUUAUUGUUUAUUAACAACAAUAAUGUCUGAGGAUAGAGCUGAACGUUCUGAUGGACGGAUGGUGAAGAUGGAGGUCGACUACAGUGCCACUGUAGAUCAGCGUUUGCCUGAUUGUGAGAAAAUGGCGAAGGCGGGCCGACUACAAGAGGCUGUUGAAAGUCUGUUGUCUUUGGAAAAGCAAACGAGAACCGCCUCAGAUAUGGUCUCCACUUCCAGAAUCUUGGUGGGAAUCGUUAAGAUGUGCUACGAAGCGAAAGACUGGGAUGCCUUGAAUGAAAACAUCAUGCUACUGGCUAAAAGAAGGAGUCAGCUAAAACAGGCUGUUGCCAAGAUGGUCCAAGAAUGUUAUACAUACGUUGAUGCGUUGAGUGACAUGACGAUCAAACUCCGACUUAUCGACACACUACGCACUGUCACCGCUGGAAAGAUUUAUGUGGAAAUUGAGCGUGCCAGACUGACCAAAACACUGGCCCAAAUCAAAGAAAAAAAUGGAGACGUGAAAGAGGCUGCAGCCAUUCUUCAGGAACUGCAGGUAGAGACGUAUGGCUCCAUGGAGAAGAAGGAGAAAGUGGAGUUCAUUCUGGAGCAGAUGAGAUUGUGCAUUGCCGUGAAAGAUUACAUCCGCACACAAAUCAUCAGCAAAAAGAUAAACACAAAGUUCUUCCAAGAAGAGGGCACUGAGGAAUUAAAGCUUAAAUAUUAUAAUUUGAUGAUUGAAGUUGACCAGCACGAGGGCUCCUAUCUGUCCAUAUGCAAGCAUUACCGAGCCAUUUACGACACUCCCAGUAUCCUGGAAGACAGCGUUAAAUGGCAGCAGGCUCUGAAGAGUGUUGUGCUGUAUGUCAUUUUGGCUCCUUAUGACAACGAACAGUCCGAUCUAGUCCAAAGAAUCAGCACUGACAAGAAACUGGAGGAAAUCCCUAAAUACAAAGAUCUCCUGAAGAAAUUUACCACCAUGGAGCUAAUGAGCUGGUCGAAUGUGGUGAACGAUUAUGGGAAGGAGCUGAGAGAGGGGUCUAUGGGAACCCCUGACACUGAUGUCUUUACCAACACGGAGGAGGGAAAGAAGAGGUGGAAAAAUCUGAAAAACAGGGUGGUGGAACACAACAUCAGAAUUAUGGCAAAGUAUUACACAAGGAUCACAAUGGAGAGAAUGGCGGGACUGCUUGACCUCUCCAUUGAUGAGUCCGAAGAGUUCUUGUCAAACCUGGUGGUCAACAAGACGAUCUAUGCGAAAGUGGACCGUCUGGCUGGUGUUAUUAAUUUCCAGCGGCCUAAAGACCCUAACAAUCUUCUGAAUGACUGGUCUCACAAGCUAAACUCUCUCAUGUCCCUUGUCAACAAAACUACUCAUCUCAUUGCCAAGGAAGAGAUGAUCCACAAUCUCCAGUAGAACCAGUCAAGGGCAUAUUACUUGUAGUGAAUCUCACAUCACCUUAAAGAUGUGAUCAUAAUGCUUAAACAUUUGUUUGAAACACUUAUUUUUUGUAUUGGAAAGAUACUGUUGCUUACAAUAAUUUCAGGUUAAUGCUGUUCUUGUCAUUGUUUUAUGUUCAGAACAUCUGGCUAGGCUCUUGUUAUUGUCAAGAAAAGCUAACUUAAACCUGUAUGUGUGUUUAAAAAAAAUAAAACCUGAUUGUUUUCGCUA